CGGCAGCAAAAUACUUUUAAAAUUAAUCUAGGCCCAUUCAGCUUCAGACAGGCUUGUAUUUGUGUUGUUUUGUGUUGCAUAAAGUCAGAAUAAAUCUUAAAAUGUAUCAAUAUUGAAAACAGUUUAGUCCUAAAGUCUCUAAAUUAAAUACAUAAAGGAUAACACCCGCAGGUGUCAUCCUCUUAGUCAUUUUCUCAAAUUCUUUUUUCACUGUAGGGAUGCAGUUUGUCCAGAAGAUGGCGCUCUGCACAACAGUCAGAUUUCAAAUCUAUAGUAUUUUUGUUUUCAUUGUACAAAAGCGUGUUGUUGGUUUUUUUUUUUUUUGCAUAUUCAAACUAUUUGUCACUUUUUAUGGAUGCAAAGAAUGGCCUUUUUUUGCUUUUUUGUGCCUGUUGACCAACAACAUCAGCUAAAUCUACACUACAAUCAAUUAUACAUUGAUCACUUCUCCUGGUGUUCAGCAUUUUCUCUGACAAACUACUUUGUUUUGUUGUGGAUUGUUAAAAAAAAUGAAGGAAAUUCUUCAUUCUUCAUCUCGUUAACAGAAAAUAAUGAAAUUUGUUAUCGUGUGAUAUUUUUAAUCUAGUUUUAAUGAGAAAACAAUAAAAAAAGCAAUGUUUGCUGUUCUCAGCUUCAAUAGAUUCUUCCAGAAACACCCGUUUUUGACAUUUCUAGGGUUUUUUGGAAAGCAAAUAGGUGACGGUAAAUUUUAACGUGCAUAUAUGUGUUGCAGGAUUGCCAAAGAGCAGAGGUUUAAAAAAAAAAGAGGAAAUGGUUGCAUAGUCUACCUAUGUCACAAGAGACGUAAAGAAAGAAAAAUAAACAAAUAUACCCUUUUUAGGAACUCUGUUUUAUAUUUCUUUCAUCGGAAUUUUUCUAUGUGCAAAUGUUUAAACAUUUCAGCUCUUUGCUGAUGUUUGGUUUUAAAUCCCAACUUUUCAGCAGCAUUCCUAAACCGACUUUGUCUGUGUUUGUUCAUCUGUUUAGCAUCACGACUCUUCUGUGUCUGUUGCUCUUUCUUCUCACUGCGCUGGAAGGAGAAGCUAAUUUUCUGCAGCAGCAUUGAGCUGACCGCUUGUGGGAUCAGAAAGGAAGCCACAGUGCAGCUAAAACAUCACCUCUGGCAGCAAAAAAACUGGUUUUCUUUUAUUAUGUUGAUAAGCAUUUCCUUUUUUUACCAACAAUUUAGACAUAACUGUGCUUCAAAUUUAUAAGUCAUGAAUGAAGUGUUUUUAUUUUUGUGUUUUUUUUAUUAUUAUUAAAGAAUUCCACAUUCUCUUAAACGUUGUUUGUUACGAUAAACAAUGAAAAAAAUGUGAUUUCUAUGGUUUUUUUUUACUGGUUUUAAAACUCCUCUGAGGGGAUUUCUGCUUCUAGCUUCUUAUUUUAGUCCUAUUUCCUAGAAAACGCAGAACUUACCAAGAAGUUACGCUUUUAGAAGAAGCACAAUACUGGAUCUGGUCUAACAUUUUGUCAGCCUGAGACUCAAACAAAAUAAAAUGGUUAUUAUGGAAACUGUGGAGUCUACCAUCUGAGAUUAAAAUGGGUCAGAUAAAAGCUUCAAUUCAUAAAUAGCGGCAGAAAUGGACCACAACAGAGAAGCAGGUGAUCCAUAAAGGUUUCCUUUAAACUGGUUCACUUCCUCAUCUGAAUCAUCUAAUCAUUUCUAAUACAAGAAAGCAGAAAAAGUGAUCCUAAUAUAACUGUAACAUUUAUUUGUCUAUUUGGUUGUUUUGAAUUUGGUAUGUUGCAAUGUUGUUUUGUGCGAAAAAAAAAAAAAAAAGAGAAGCAACCGUGUAGAAAUGAAGGCGGACAUCACAUGACAAAACUGAAUUCUGUGUGUGUGUGUGUGUGUGUGUGUGUGCUUUACUGAUAAAGAGAACACAAUGAGCCACGGAGCACAAAGUCUGCUGCCAUUCAUCUGCUCAGCAUCUCCUGGUGAGAACUUACAAUGAUUUCUAGGUUUAUUCUCCAUUUUUGUCCCCUCACUUCUCCUUAAAAAAGUUUGUGUUGUUUUCUGGCUGCUUUCUUGCACAUAUAACAGUAAAUUUUAUCUUUUCAAAGUGUAAUAGUUGUAUAACAGCUGGUCAGUUCUUGGCUGCAAACCUUUUCUACACCCUCACUGCUUCAGUGGAUUAUUAUUAUUAAUAUUUUUUUAAUUACCCUUUUCUUGUGAUGUUGCCACAAAAGAUAAAUGCACUUUCUAAAAAAAUAUUUUAGAUCAAACGGUAAAAGAGAUUUAGAAAACAGAUGGUGAACAGCUGAUUCCAUUUUCAGGUGUACAAUCUCCUCCCUGGUGUCCUUUGACAGCUCUUUGGUCUUGCUCGUGGUUCAGAGGUUGCAGUCUCCCUUAUACAGAUAACCAGUUCAAACAAGUGACAUUAAUACAGCUGCACCAUGGCCUCCAACACCUCCCUGUUCCCCAGUGUCACCAAGCCUUCAAAGAACGAGCAGGCGGGAAGCGUGGACGUGGAAGCCGUCAUGGAAAACGUCAGCAUCAUCCUCUACACCCUGACGGUGGUGCUGGGCAUCACGGGCAACUCGGUGGUCAUCUGGGUGGCGGGAUUUAAGCUAAAGUCGAAGGUGACCAACGUGUGGCUGGUGAACCUGGCGAUAGCAGACCUGAUCUUCUGCUUCACUCGAGUCUUCUCCCUUAUUAAGAAGCUCUUCUUCGACCACUGGCCGUUUGGUGUCUUCCUAUGCAAGUUUAACGGCUUCUUCAAGUACGCCAACAUGUUCUGCUCCGUCUUCCUGCUGGCGGUCAUCAGUCUGGACCGAAUGCUUUGCAUCUGGCGCCCCAUCUUCAUGAGGAGGCACCACAAGAUGUGGACAGCACGAGUGGUGGCGGUCUGCGUCUGGAUUGUUGCUGUCAUCUUCAGCAGCCCAUACUUCAUCUACCGGCAGGUCUACAUGAAGAAGAACCUGACCAAGUGUAGCUUGGAGGUGAAAGAAAAGACACAGGGAGACAACACCACCAAACACGUUCUGUACUCCAUCCGCUUCGUGUGUGGCUUCCUCCUGCCUUUCAUAGUCAUCUUAGUCUGUUACAUCCUCGCAGGCGUUGGGAUCCGGCGAGCACGCUUCUCCAGGAAGUCACGCUCCCUGCGUGUGUUAGUGUCGCUAGUUAUUGCGUUCUUCGUGUGCUGGGCUCCGUACCACUCCCUUCUACUAGUGAAAAUGGUGGACAGUGAGAACCCGGUGUUGAAAGUGUGGCAACCGCUGGCCUCUGGCAUGGCCUACUUCAGCAGCUGUGUGAACCCUCUGCUGUACUUCUGCAUGGGGCUGGAGGUCAGGGGUCGCUUCAGACAGAGUCUGAUGGGUGUCUACAGGCGCGCCCUGGCGGACGUGGACGACCAGAUGAGCAACGAGCGCUCUAUGGAUGACAGCAUCACGUCCAGAUACAGCUCUGCUGUGGCAACGCGGCAAAGUCUGGACGUACAAAAGAAUUGAACCACAAACGUUUAGGUAGAAUAGCUUCUGUUUUAUACUCUGUUCAUUAACAGUCAACUAGUACAGGUGUAGAAAACCUCAGGAUUGCAUCAUAGUCUUCAGGUGUUACAUGACAGCAAGAAAUGUUAAUGAGGACGAACUUGAAUCAUCAAUCGUCAGACUUUUCACAAGCAACAGCAGACAUGGGGAAACCGCAGCUCAGGAGUCAACUGUGGCACAAGAUCCUGAAUCACUUCUGACAAACAAACAAAAAAAAGGAAUCUAGCCCACACAGUAACCUUUUGCUUAAGUUCCUCAUGAGGACGCAACCAAGCGAUGAACUCCUGGUCCACCUGAGAUCCCGGAUUUGUGGGUAUUGCGGAUUGUAGACCAGUUCAUUCUGGGAAAGGUCUUAUAAGUGUGUGAAAGUCAAAAAUAGCAGAAGCCAAUCUUUGACUUUCGUUUUGGACCCAUUGGUGUGUUUUUAGAUGUAACAACAGACGCCACUUCUUGUGUAAUGGAUGGAGGACUGCAGUGUCCUUUUCAGUAAACCUCUUUGCCAACACAAGAAACAGAAUAGCACCAAAAUAGUGAUUUUGUGUUAGUAAAGAAUAAUGUUUAUUGACUUCAUCAGCAACCAAUUUUGACAUCUACUACCAGUCAAGUUUCAAUGACUUUAAAGUAUUUUCUGGUUGAAUUCUGGGACUAUACAUAUAACACUGUAGUGAACUGCUCUGGAUCCACAAGUGGCUCUUUUAUCUCUGCAUGGUGGCUCCUUAUUUAAAAAAAAGAAGUUCAUUAAUGAAAAAUCCAAAUUUCUUAAAGGCUAAACUAAGACUAUACAGCUACUUCCAGGUUUUGAUCAGUGGAAAACGAGCCCAAAUGGAUCUUUUACUGUUAGAGGUUGCCGACCCCUGUGCAAAAGGAUUGGGUAAUUGUUAUCUGUCAAUAUAGACAAGUUUCCUAAAGUAUUCUAUCCAUUAAAGAAAUAGAAGAAUAUUGUAUGCCUUUAAACUCCCUCUCCGGUCGUCUUUUGAUCCAUUGUAAAAUCAUUCCCAGUAGACUUUAAAAAAACCUGUAAUUUUCUCUGUACUAAAAACAUAGUUUCUUCAGAGCGGCAACAGAGUCUAUUGGUGUGGAGCAACCCCACCCCCUUUUUCCAUCACCCAUCUGUUUACAUGGUUCUCUCAGCCCCAAUAAAACAUCAGUGGUGCAAGAAAAAUGGCGACAAUAUUGGAGUUAUCCAGCCGUACAGUUCUGAGCCAGAUUCCAGCUCAAACGAGGAAAACAAAGACGUAAAUGUAUCUAGUGGAUGCAUCAGAAUGGAGUGGAGCUAGUUUUCCACCCAGCAUAAUUUUGUCACAACAACAAGCUUUUCAAUCAGGAUUAUUUCAUCUGAUUCACAACAAUUUGAUCAAUAAAAUACUCAGAAAUUCAACUUUCAGCUUAAUUUUCUGAAUAUAUUCCCUCCACCAUUAAAAGAUGCCACAAGAACAUAUUAAAAACUUUCAUAGGAGUGGGUCUUUAAUGAAUAAAAUAAAGUCCAUAUGGCAUACUGUAUUUAAUCCUUCUACUAGAUCUGUAAUAAAAGUAACAUGUAGGCCUAAUAUUGAAACAGACAUCUAGUUAAAAUCAGUAUAUAUGCUAUUUUAUGGGGUCCAGAUGACCCCACCCUUAGAUUGAUGUGUGAUCCCUCCAAUGAUAAAGGUGGACAGGAUUUUAUGUCUGCCACGGACCAAUUUCUCUUCCUCUUCUUCAGUCUGGAUGAGAGGUAUUUACAUCACAUGUGUUGUAUCGGCACACGCUCUUAUUUCAUUAACUGAACCGUGUUUCUGCAUCUGGUUCUUUGAAUAUGUAUCAUAGUGCUACGUUUAAUCUUAGUGGUCGCCAUGUUGCCGUCCGAUGAGGAUGUGACCUUUGAACCUGCACAUGCAUGUAUCUCUGAACUGGUCUAUAGAGGAAAAUUAAGCCAGUUUUCUUCCUCAUGCUCACUUUUCCUUCCUGGUCUGAGCUGGUCAAUGGGAAAUACUGUCUUCAAGGGAGCACCUGUUGGAACUGCAUUUUUUUUCCCAAGAAUUUUCAGUUUUUACAGCAACCAGAACUCAAGCAAUCUUGAAUGACCUCACUCCAGUGUGCCUGCCUGUUCUGACCAUAGUUUUAAUAGCGUUUUGUGUGAAAAAUGUCAAUAAAGGAUUUGCAUCUUCAAACAGAAAGUGAAACGAACAUUCUUUU